AUGGCCGUCUUUAAUUACCAUACAUGCCACUCUAUAAAGGAGAAAAGGCAGCAGACACCUUAUCUUUUAGCACAUCCAACCCUAUUAUUGAUCUCACCUUUUAAGAGUUGUUUGGUAAAAUGUGGUUGUGAGAUGGUAAUAAACAUUUCCUACCAAGACGUGGACCAUAGCUCAACAGUUAGAUUGCUGAAAGGAGAACCUUUUCAGCAAUCUUUUUUAAGAUUGAUAAAUUUUAUAUCAGCUUUAUACUCUAAUCCAAUUGAGCAAUGUAAUCCAAACCUAAUCUGUCCUUUUACACCUCAAGAAGUGUGUGGUAGCAAUGGGAAAACUUAUUUGAAUAGUUGUAAUCUGGUCAAAGCCAGAUGCCAAUUGGGGGGAAAUUUGCAUUUGGCAUACAAUGGACCAUGUGGAAUUGGUCUUCAUUGUAGAAGAUAUUGCCCAAUUACAUAUGAACCUCUUUGUGGUACAGAUGGGAAAACUUAUGCAAAUCUGUGUAUGUUAAAAUACUUCAAUUGCAUCAAGCGAGCAUCUGUAAAAAAACAGUAUUCAGGAAAAUGCACCAUGGCUGGAAAAACAUGUGGAAAGCGCUGUUCAACCAAGAGGUCACUAAUUUGUGGCUCAGAUGGGAAGACAUAUGCAAGUCAAUGUGCUUUUGAAGAAGAAAAAUGUCUUCGCAAUCGACAUUUAAGAGUUUCCCACUAUGGCCAGUGUAAAAGCUGUAAGAAGAAUUGCAGACAGACAUAUCAACCAGUAUGUGGUAGUGAUGGUCGAACAUACACAAACAAAUGUGUUUUGUCAAUGAUUACUUGUAGAGAUUCAAAGAUUACUUUAAAAUAUUACGCAUCUUGUGAAGUCUGUGAUCGUACCUGUCCCAAUAUAAGACGACUUAUUUGCGGAUCGGAUGGCAAAACAUACACAAGCGAAUGUCAUUUGGAUAAAGAGAAUUGCAGACGAGAUAAUACACAAAAAAUUAUAAAGUCAUACGACAAAAGCUGUGACACAAGCUGUAGAAAGAACUGUGGAAGAAUACGUAAACCUGUGUGUGGUACUGAUGGUAAUACAUAUCAAAACGAAUGUCUUUUACAAAACGCAAAUUGUGGUAAAGAAGUGAGAUUUAUAAGAAAAGCUUAUGAUGGAGAAUGCAAGACAAGCUGUAGAAAGAACUGUGGAAGAAUACGUAAACCUGUCUGUGGUACUGAUGGUAACACAUAUCAAAACGAAUGUCUUUUACAGAAUGCAAAUUGUGGUAAAGAAGAAAUAUUUAUAAGAAAAGCUUACGAUGGAGAAUGCCGGACAAGCUGUAGAAAGAACUGUGGAAGAAUACGUAAACCUGUCUGUGGUACUGAUGGUAACACAUAUCAAAACGAAUGCCUCCUACGGAACGCAAAUUGUGGUAAAGAAGCAAGUUUUAUAAGAAAAGCUUACGAUGGAGAUUGCCUUUCUAUCUCAAAACUAAGAGGUAUUUGCACUUUACCAUUGUCAUCAAAGAGUUGUAUCCGAAAUCGUAAAGUAAGAAGAUAUUAUUACAACUCAUUUACUGGGCGCUGCGAACCAUUUACAUACAGCGGAUGUGGAGGAAAUGCAAAUAACUUUAACUCUCAACAAAACUGUGAAGGGAAAUGUGGUCGAACCUGCAGCAUCAGUUGCACAGAUGAGUACAAGCCAGUCUGUGGUAGUGACGGGAAAACGUACAAGAAUUAUUGUGUUCUUCGAAGAUCUUCAUGCUGGGCGUGGGACAAAAUUACUAAAGUAUCUGAUGGCAUUUGUCAAGGCUCCCGUUGUAGUCGUUCCUGCAUUUUAAAUAAUGAUUAUGUAUGCGGGACAGAUGGUUUGACAUACUCCAAUGAUUGCUUUCUUUCAAUUAAAACUUGCGAGAGUGGAGGAAGGAUUGUGAAAGCAUACAAUGGGAAAUGUUUGAGCAAAGUGGAACAAUGUACCAAGCAGGUACAUGUUACAAGAAGAUGUGGCAAAACAUUCUACACAUACAAUUACAAGCUGCACCGCUGUGAGCAAUAUUAUGGAUGCGAUGGAAGUCCAAACAGCUUUGCGACAAGACAACUUUGUGAAAGAACAUGCAAGCCAAACUGUAAUUUCAAAUGCCCCAAUCUUCAUUCUGCUGUAUGCGGAACUGAUUACGUUACUUACCGAAACUAUUGUUUUCUCAAUGCUGUCAGCUGCAAAUCGUGGGGUAAAAUACAGGCUGCUCACAACGGGUUUUGCGGUGGUCAGCAGAAUUAAUGCAUCAGACAGAAUGAUCAGAAUAAGCAUUGGUGUUAUUUAAAUUUAAAUAUUUUAACAUAUAAAUAUAUACUAUGUGAUACAGUUUAUACUAUAAUGGUGUUUUACUAUGAAGGGGGUUAAUACAAGCUUUGAAUUUAGGUAAUAUAAUGUAAAUCUUUAAAAUAGGUACCGGCUAGAGUGGCAAUAAAUGUCGCUAUAAAUGUGGAGGCAUUGUAAGCUUCCUCUUAUGUUGUAUAGGGCAAGUUUGCUGUACUGUAUUAAUUUUUUAUAUGGAAAACUAUACUUAAGUUCUGGUAUCUUCUCUAACAAAAGUGUGCAUUUCCCUGCUUUAAGUUAGUACUUGUUUUGAAGUUUUAUUUUUAACAGUUAUAUAUUUUGUUGACUGUGUUAAUCAAGGCUCAGUCGGGAUUUUAAUUCUGAUUUAAUUAAACUUUAUUUGAUCAUAAUAAAUAGAGUUUUCUGUUGUUUUUGAUUAAGGUUUUGUAUCUGAUUAAACCUGUUUAUUUGACUGCCAUUCCUGAUUAGAUAAAUAUCUUGAAACUAUAUAGCACAUAUACCCAGUCAUAAUACAAAUCAUUUUUUUGCCUUAAUUAUCUAUAUAUCUUUGUUUUUAUUAAUCCAUAUAAUUGUAAUUGUGAUAUGUUUUAUUAGUAUUUUUGUAUAUUUUUUAUACAGUAAUACUGUAAUGCUAUACAAGUGUUUUUUUCUAAGCUGUAUGAUUAUGUCGAUAAAGCACAAAAAAAAUCUUUGUUGAUCACAAUCUGCAACUUUAAAGUAUGAUUAAGUCUUGUAAUUGAGUCAAGUCUAAUGCUUAUGAAUUGUAAAUUAAAGAAUGUACUUAAACCCUAACCAAUAUAUU